AUGGAUGUCCUAUCGCCCAACGCUCCCAACGGGGCGCACAGUCCUGCCACGUUGGAGCCCGUCGACCCCCUCCACGUCCUCGAGCACAUCGCCAGUCUGAUCGAAACCACCCUCGGUGCGGCCCGACGAGAACUCGAGGCGGUCGGCAGCUUGUUGUCCAAAGCGAGCCAUGCCGACUCUCUCAGCAAAUGCGCCCAGUUUGCGGAGGAUCCUCAGGCUACCCUGUAUGCCCAGAAGGAUGUUACAGAAGAGCUGGUAAACGGGCAUGAUGACACAGAAAGUCAGUCAAUUCGCACCAUUCUUCGUGAAGGUACUGACACCAUAGGUCCAGAAAUCGAACAUGUUUACACUCUCUCGACCGAGUUGUCCCCUAACCCGACAACCGUGGCCUCGAUUGCCUUCCUCAAGCUGUCAGGGCCUUUGAACGCUCGAAAGUCGAUUGCUAGUCAGAUACAGGUUUUCCACCUUCCAGGAUCCUACAGCGCCGUCGAUGGAGAGAACAAUCGCCGCGCGGAGGGCACUUCCCCUUACGAAGUUCUCUACUCUCUCCUGCACAAUGUCCUGGCCCCCUACUUCGAUGCUUAUACCAGGGCAAACGGCCCUAUCGACCGCAAUUGGUAUGAUUCUCAGGCCAAGAGCGGUGUUCCCGGAGCGAAGCGACGGAUGAAGGAGUUGGAAAUGAGUCUGCUGCAUUUGCAGCACAAUACCGACAUACCCCUGGUCCAUCUGCCUAUGCAUGAGGUCGUCAUGGGAGCUCUACACGACGCGGCUGCUCAGGGUUUAUCGCCCUCUGUCCAGCUAAUACCGGCUCACGUUCUGGAGAACACCACUGUCCUCAACAGUAUACAGAACCACGUCAUUGGCUGGAUCAAAUCCAUCCAAGGCGUAACUAAACUGGCCAAGGACGGGCCUUCGACACAAUAUUCUGCCGCCCAGGAGAUCAACUUUUGGCUGUCCCUUGAGUCGGCUUUGAACAAGUUGGACGACGAACGUCAUUCAGAUGGCGUUGUACUGACCCUCGAUAUUCUGAAAAAGGCCAAACGACAGCAAGCCGUGGUCAGUUUUGAAACCGAUACUGGGCUGAAAGAUGCUCUGGAGACGGUUCGAAACUACAACACGCUCAUGCGGGACUUCCCACUAGACGAAUUGUCUUCUGCUACAUCGUUAGGAAAAGUGGCCGAGGCGAUAGUGUUAAUCUUCAAUCACUUGAACAAGAAAUGGAGGGUCUGCAAUUAUCCUAUCCGUCGUGCUCUGAAGUUGGUGGAAGGCAUCUCCGAGGACAUGAAUGAACAGAUCCACAACUUAUUGAGGGGUCGAUCAAUCAUGUCCUUGAGUUAUGACGACUUCAGUGAGCUGAUGAGAUCUGUCGAUCUCAUCUGGGAAACAUGGGAUGACCAGAUCAAGAGCUUCACCGCUGUUGCGCGAGAAAUAACGAGGAAGAAGAACACAGACUUUGUACCGGUCAAAGUGAUUCCCAGACAUGCUAAGACCCAGGAGCGGCUUCGAUAUAUCGCUCAGUUCCGACACAACCAUGAGCAGCUGCAGAAAACUAUCGUCACCGUCCUCGGGAAUAAAGACGGCACCGAUGGCGCCUCCUCUGACAAAGGCGGUGCCGCGAUUGUGGAAGAGCUCGGGGAUGUGGAUGCUGUGGAGGAAGUCUCGGCUGCAUAUGAAGUUGUCCGCCAUGUUGAUGUCUUGGAUGUUUCAACCAAAGGCACCGACGUCUGGAUUCAGGCCGAAAAGGAAUACACAGAGCGCACAUCUCGUGUGGAAGACUCGAUCAUUACCCGGCUAAGGGACCGCCUGGGGAAAGCGAAGACCGCGAAUGAAAUGUUUCGCGUUUUCGAAAAGUUCAAUCCCUUGUUGGUUCGACCCAAAGUUCGCGGAGCGAUAACAGCCUAUCAGACUCAACUGCUUGACAAUGUCAAGAACGCGAUAGCAUCUCUCCAUGAACGAUUUAAGCAGCAGUACGGCGGCUCUGAGGCGCAGAUGAUGGCUCAGCUUCGAGACAUCCCCCCGGUCGCAGGCGCCAUACUCUGGGUUCGCCAGAUUGAGACGCAAUUGGAUAAUUACAUGUCAAAGGUGCACGCCGUGCUGGGCGAAGAAUGGAUGUUUCAUGCCGAUGGGGAGAAGUUGCAGAUCGAGAGUAAUAUGUUUCGAAAGAAGCUCUCCACGAGAGAGAUCUACCAGGCGUGGGUUCAGGAUGUUCAGUCUCGGGACAUCUCAGUGAGUGGGAGGCUUUUUGCCAUUCUACGGAGCCGCGGUGCAAAUGGAGCAUUGGAGUUGAGCGUCAACUUCGACAAUCAUGCCAUCUCGUUGUUCAAGGAGGUCAGGAACCUGACUUGGUUGAAUUUUCAAGUCCCUCACCGCAUCACCACCACGGCCAAGCAGGCCCAACGGGUGUAUCCAUAUGCCUUGAGUCUGAUGGAAAGUGUUGCGGGAUACUUCUCCGCCGUUCGAGCGAUUCAGGAAACACCUAGUGUUGCACCGUUGAUGGCAAGCUACGAGAAAGAGGUACAGAACCUGUUCGCCACCGGCGUGCGGCUCCGCUGGGAGUCCUUCAUCAAUUCAUACGAGCUUCACAUUAAAGGAAAGUCGACGGGCACCGACUCCGCACAUGUACAGUAUGUACGCGAUGUGGUGACGGCGGUUACAACUCUCCAGAAUAAGACUGCAACUGUGAAAGCGCUCGAUCAAACCAUCCAACAUGCGUUGUCAGAGAUGAAGACGUGCCAUUACUCUGUGCAGAACUUCGAAACACAGAUGGAUAUCAUCCAAAACGCCGUGGAUAAGAUGAACCUAGAGAACUAUUCGAACCUCUCCAGCUGGGUGUCCGAACUGAACGUUCAGAUUCGGCAGCUCUUCGAAGAACGACUUCAUCAGGCGCUGGUGCAAUGGACAAGCUCUUUCUCCUCCUUGGAUGCAGAGGAUGCAGCUCAAGCAAGCUAUACAGAAGUCGAGGAUAAUGUCUAUCAAGUGCACUUUCCUGAGUUGCAGAUCGAGAUCAUGAUGAACAACCAAAUUGUUUUCGUCGAUCCCCCGCUGAAUUAUGUCAAAGCAUCUUGGGUCCAGCAUUUGGAGGACUGGUUGGAUGUAUUAUGCCAUCUGCCUCAAAUCAGAGCGUCUCGGUAUCAAGUGACGGCUGAUGCGAACUCGGCACAGUCCUUGCCUACAUUUGCAGAUUUGCCCUUGCAGAAGGUAGAAACUCUUCAAAAAGCAUAUAAUGGGAUUGACAAGAGAAUCGAGGUCAUGGCCGCAUAUCUUGGAGAAUGGUACACGUACCAAAAUCUCUGGGAUCUGCGCAGCGAACAACUACACGAACGUCUUGGUGAUGAUCUUGCGCAAUGGCACCAAUUGCUUCAGGAAGUCCGACACGCCCGUUCAACGUUUGACACGUCCGAAGGACGGAAAACCUUUGGAAGUGUCACCUUCGAUUAUGAACAGGUCCAGGCUAAGAUCGCCCAAAAGUACGAUCAAUGGCAGCACGAAGUUACAAGCAAGUUCGGCAGUAUUCUCGGCAACCGCAUGUCAGAAGUGUUCGCCGAUAUGCGUCGGGCUCGUCUUGAACUCGAGAACCAGUCUCUUGAAGCAUCUUCCACGGCGCAAGCUGUGACAUUCAUCACAACCGUGCAGCAAUGUCGCCGGAACGCCGCCCUGUGGGGCCCUGAAGUGGAAAUAUUCAAACAAGGACAGACUGCUCUUUCCAGACAACGCUAUAAUUUUGGCAAUGAUUGGCUUUCGGCAAAUCAAGUGAGUGACGAGUGGGAGGCGUUCGAGGAAAUCCUCAGCCGCAAGAGUAAGGUCAUCGAGGACCAGACAGACGCUCUGCGGGCAAACAUCAUUGCUGAAGAUCGCGUCAUUACUGCACGCAUCACGGAUGUUGUCGCUCAAUGGUCUGAAGAGAAGCCUGUCUCAGGAACUGUCCCUCCGGACGAGGCAGCGGAGCUCUUGCGAUCAUAUCAGCUACGGAUGGAGAAACUCCAAAGUGAGGCUGAGACAGUCUUCAAAGCCAAGGAAGCCCUCGCCUUGCCGGUAACAAAGGACAAUACUCUUGAAGCAGCCCUUGAGGAGGUUGGCGACUUCAAAUCCGUAUGGUCAGCGCUUUCUACUAUCUGGCAGAGCAUUAACGAAUUGCGUGACACGUUAUGGACGAGCGUUCAGCCUAGAAAACUUCGCCAAUCGCUGGAGGGUCUUAUGAAGAUGACGAAGGAAAUGCCCAGUCGAAUGCGACAGUACGCUGCCUUCGAGCACGUCCAGAACGUCCUGCGGCAGCUAAUCAAGGCAAACUCACUGCUAAGCGAUCUCAAGUCCGAUGCGAUCCGAGAGCGACAUUGGCAAAAGAUCUACAAGGCUCUAAGACCGAACAAACGAUAUUCUGAAGCGUCGAUGACUUUGGGAGACGUGUGGGACCUCCAGUUGGUUUCCAGCGAAGCAACCAUUCGUGAUAUCAUCACCCAGGCAAGAGGAGAGCUGGCUCUCGAAGAAUUCAUCCGACAAGUGCGUGAAACAUGGCAGAGCUACCCGCUCGAGCUUGUCAAUUAUCAGAAUAAAUGCCGGUUGAUUCGAGGCUGGGAUGAACUCUUCACAAAAUGCAGCGAGAACCUCAACUCUCUGCAAGCUAUGCGCCACUCACCCUACUACAAGGAGUUUGAAGAGGAAGCCUCUGCAUGGGAGGACAAGCUCAACAGAGUCCAUGUACUAUUCGAUGUCUGGAUAGACGUCCAACGACAGUGGGUCUACCUGGAAGGCGUCUUCACUGGUAACAACGACAUCAAGCAUCUGCUACCUACAGAGUCCAGCAGAUUUUCAAACAUUAACACCGAGUUCUCCGCCGUCAUGAAGAAGGUCUACAAAUCUCCGUUCGUUAUGGAUGUCCUUGCGAUUCCUGGCGUACAGAAGUCCUUGGAACGCUUGGCCGAGCUCCUGAGCAAGAUCCAGAAGGCUCUUGGUGAAUAUCUUGAGCGAGAGCGCAUGUCGUUCCCUCGAUUCUAUUUUGUUGGAGACGAAGAUCUGCUUGAAAUCAUCGGAAACAGCAACGACAUCACGCGUGUUGCAAAACACUUCAAGAAAAUGUUUGCUGGUAUCUCCGGCGCCGAAGUUAGCGACAAUAACUCCAUUACCGCGGUGACUUCGAAGGAAGGCGAGGUUGUGCAGCUCAAGAAAGAGGUUUCUCUGAUCAAGCUGCCGAAGAUCAACGAUUGGCUUACCGCGCUCGACAACAGUGUCAAGCAGACACUAGCUGAGCUGCUGGCAGAGGCCGUCAGUGCUUUCCGUCCACUCUUCACUGCAUCCGAUCUGGAUACAGCUCAGUUUCAGGAGUACAUGGCCAGUUACCCGGCUCAAAUAAUGAUCCUCGCUGCCCAAGUCGUCUGGACAGAUCUCGUCCGUGAGGCGCUCGAGGCGGCAGGCGAAGGGCUGUCAAAACUGCACGAGUACGAAGUGAGGUUGCUCGAACUACUCGCCGGAAGUGUUCUGCAAGAUCUUCCGGUAUUGAUUCGUAGGAAAUGUGAACAUCUCAUCACGGAAGCUGUCCAUCAACGAGAUGUGAUCGCGAAGCUAUUGAAGGCCGAAGCCAAGUCUCCAGGCCACUACAUGUGGCUGCUUCAGAUGCGUUAUGUGUACGAUCCAAACGCAGAACUCAUGAAUCGACUGCGCGUCGAGAUGGCCAACGCCAUCCUGGAUUAUGGCUAUGAAUACCUAGGCGUGCCAGAUCGGCUCGUACGGACUCCGCUGACUGAUCGUUGUUUCCUGACAUUGACACAGGCGCUUUGCCAGAGGUUGGGUGGGUCUCCUUAUGGUCCUGCCGGUACAGGAAAGACCGAAUCGGUAAAGGCUUUGGGUCUUCAGUUGGGGAGAUUUACUCUGGUCUUCUGCUGCGACGAUACUUUCGACUUCCAGGCCAUGGGUCGCAUUUUCCUCGGGCUGUGUCAGGUGGGAGCAUGGGGCUGUUUUGACGAGUUCAACCGUCUUGAAGAGCGCAUUCUUUCCGCGGUGUCGCAACAAAUUCAAAAUAUCCAGAUUGGUCUUAAAAACACUACCCAUGAGCAGAAGGCUCAGAUCGAUCUGGUGGGCCGCAGCUUCAAGGUCAAUCCCAAUACUGGACUCUUUAUCACCAUGAACCCAGGGUAUGCUGGACGUUCCAACCUACCUGACAAUUUGAAAAAGCUGUUCAGAAGCGUGGCCAUGUCCAAACCAGACAAGGAGUUGAUUGCUGAGGUGAUGCUAUUUUCGCAAGGAUUCAAGCAAGCCAAAGCGCUUUCUUCGCAGGUGGUGCCUUUCUUCGACCAUUGCGCCCAGCGACUCUCCAAACAACCGCACUACGACUUCGGCUUGCGAGCUCUGAAAAGUGUUCUCGUCAGUUCUGGCGGGUUGAAGAGAAUCAGGAUUCAGACGUCAGAGGGGAGUCUCGAUGAUGAACGCACUCUCGAACCACAGAUAAUCGUGCAGAGUAUCCGGGAAACCGUCUCGCCCAAGCUCAUCAAGCAGGAUGUGGAAACUCUCAUUGAGCUGCAAGCCCAAGACUUCCCGGGGGUCGAAUAUGUGCCUGCAAACAUGACCAAGCUCUUUGGCGCCAUCCGGGAGGUCAUGAAGGAAGAACAUCUGACCGAGAGCGAGGCAUGGAUGACCAAGAUUCUGCAGCUUUACCAGAUUCAAAACAUCCAUCACGGCGUAAUGAUGGUUGGCCAAUCUGCCUCCGGCAAGUCAGCAAUAUGGAAAGUUCUUCUGCAGGCCCUUCAAAAAGUGGAAGGAGUCGAGGGGGUGCAGCAUGUCAUUGACCCGAAGGUCAUGUCCAAGGAAGCCCUCUACGGAAGCCUUGACAGUACCACUCGGGAAUGGACCGAUGGGUUGUUUACCGCAAUUUUGAGAAAGGUCGUCGACAAUCUACGUGGUGAGGACAACAAACGACACUGGAUUGUCUUUGAUGGCGACGUGGAUCCGGAAUGGGUCGAAAAUCUCAACAGUGUGCUGGAUGAUAAUAAGCUUCUCACGCUGCCGAAUGGUGAACGAUUGAAUUUGCCGCCAAACGUGCGCAUCAUGUUUGAGGUGGAGAGCUUGAAACACGCCACUCUGGCCACUGUCAGUCGCUGUGGGAUGGUUUGGUUCUCUGAUGAUACUGUCAGCCCAUCUUUGAUGGUGGAUCACUAUUUACAAAACCUCGCCAGCCGGACCUUCGAGGAUCUUGACGACGAACUCAAAGCAGCAGGCUUGACCGCCAAAGCCGAAGGAACACAGCGCCACAUCGUCGAGACACUCAGAGCCCUGAUUAAUCGGGACGACUUUCUACUUAAGGCCCUCUCGACAGCAGGCAAUUACAAGCACAUUAUGGAGUUCACGUCUGCCAGAGCUCUGGAAAGCUUAUUCAGCUUGUUGGCAAAAGCAUGUCGGAGCGUGUUGGAGUACAACAUUUACCACACCGAAUUCCCGCUCGACCUUGAACAGAGCGAGGCGUUUAUCUCGAAGAAACUCCUGUUGGCAACGGUAUGGAGCUUUGUAGGUGACGCAGCGUUGAGCAUCCGAAAAGAAUUUGGAGACUUCCUGGCGACUAUGACCAACAUCGACCUCCCCAAUAUUGACAGUUCGACGUCUCUCAUUGAUUACGACGUGACGUUGCCCCAUGCCCAAUGGGUUCCGUGGCAGUCGCAGGUCCCUACGAUUGAUCUGAACACUCACUCGAUCACCCAAACGGAUGUCAUCAUCCCGACCGUCGACACCGUCCGCCACGAGGAUGUUUUGUAUUCUUGGCUGUCUGAACACAAGCCGCUGAUGCUGUGCGGUCCACCAGGAUCUGGAAAAACGAUGACACUGUUCAGUGCGCUUCGAAAACUCCCGGAUAUGGAAGUCGUUGGCCUCAACUUCUCCAGUGCAACACAGCCCGAACUCAUCAUCAAGACAUUCGAGCAGUAUUGCGAGUACAAAAAGACACUCAAUGGGAUGGUCCUGUCACCGACUCAGCUGGGCCGGUGGUUGGUGAUCUUCUGCGACGAAAUCAAUCUUCCCGCUCCUGACAAGUACGCAACCCAGCGCGCGAUCAGCUUCCUCCGCCAGCUUGUGGAGCAGAAUGGGUUCUGGCGUGCUUCGGAUAGGGUUUGGGUGUCCCUCGAACGCAUUCAGUUCGUUGGGGCGUGUAACCCCCCAGAAGACGUCGGCCGUCACCCUCUGGGAGCACGCUUCCUGCGGCACGCGCCGGUAGUUAUGGUCGACUAUCCUGGCGAAGUCUCGCUGAAUCAGAUCUACGGAACCUUCAAUAAUGCCGCCCUCAAGGUCAUACCGACGUUGCGAGGAUUCGCCGACCCCUUGACCCGCGCAAUGGUCGAAUUCUACUUGAAAUCUCAAGCUCGUUUCACCCCAGACAUACAGCCGCAUUAUGUGUACUCACCCAGAGAACUGACUCGGUGGGUCCGUGGCAUAUACGAAGCGAUUGCCCCGCUCGAACACCUGUCAGUGGAAGGGUUGGUCCGUAUCUGGGCCCACGAGGCUUUGCGGCUUUUCCAAGAUCGACUUGUUGAGCCGGAAGAACGAGCGUGGACUGCUGACAUGGUCAGACAGACUGCGUUGGAACACUUCCCAACAGCCAAUAUUGACCAAGCGCUCCAAGGUCCGAUAUUGUUCUCGAACUGGCUCUCCAAGCACUAUGUGUCAGUUGAGCAAGAGCAACUUCGAGAAUUCGUGAAAGCUCGCCUCAAGACGUUCUGUGAAGAAGAGGUGGAUGUCCCACUUGUCCUGUUCAAUGAUGUCCUAGAGCACGCUCUACGGAUCGACAGGGUCUUCCGCCAACCACAGGGUCAUCUCAUAUUGAUCGGUACGAGUGGUAGUGGCAAAACCACGUUGUCGAGGUUUGUGGCUUGGAUGAAUGGCUUGACCAUAUUCCAGAUCAAGGUCCAUGGCCGAUACUCGGCUGAAGACUUUGACGAUGAUCUUCGAGGCGUCCUAAGAGCCUGCGGCUGCCGUGGCCAAAAGAUCUGCUUUAUCAUGGAUGAAUCCAACGUGCUGGACUCUGGCUUCCUUGAGCGCAUGAACACAUUGCUCGCCAACGGUGAAGUUCCUGGGCUGUUCGAAGGCGACGAGUACUCGGCGCUCAUGACAGCUUGCAAAGAAGGCGCUCAACGACAAGGGCUUCUUUUGGACUCACAAGAAGAGCUGUACAAAUGGUUCACCCAGCAGAUAGUCCGCAAUUUGCACGUUGUCUUCACGAUGAACCCUCCGCAAGAAGGGUUGUCGUCGAAGGCUGCCACUAGUCCGGCGCUCUUCAAUCGUUGCGUGCUCAACUGGAUGGGCGACUGGUCUGAUCAGGCUCUCUUCCAAGUUGGGUAUGAGCUCACUCAGUCGAUCGAUCUGGACAAAGCGAACUUCACUGCUCCUGACAGCCUCCCGAUCGCAUACCGGGACCUCUCCCUUCCUGCAUCGCACCGUGACACCGUCAUCAAUGCAAUGGUGCAUAUCCAUUAUUCGGUACAAAAGACCAAUGACCGGUUGGAAGCACAACAUGGCGUAACCACAUAUCUUACCCCUCGACACUACCUGGAUUUUGUGACACAGUUCCGGAGAUUGUUCCGAGAGAAGCGGGAAGACCUCGAGGAACAGCAACGACAUCUCAAUGUGGGUCUGGAGAAGCUCCGGGACACCGUUGACAAAGUACGGGAUCUUAGAGCAAGUUUGGCCUCGAAAAAACAGCAGCUCGAACUCAAAGAUGCGGAAGCCAACGAGAAGCUCCAGCGUAUGGUUGCUGAUCAGCGGGAAGCUGAAUCAAGAAAGACUGCUUCCAUCGAGAUACAGACGGCGUUGGAGAAACAGGAGAAGGAGAUCGCCAGCCGCAAGGAAAUUGUGCUUGGUGAUCUUGCCAAAGCCGAGCCUGCAGUCCUUGAGGCUCAGCGAAGUGUCAGCAAUAUCAAAAGACAGCAUCUCACUGAGGUCCGGUCAAUGGCCAAUCCACCUGCUGGCGUCAAACUCGCUCUAGAAUCGGUCUGUACCCUGCUUGGCCACAAGGUUGACAGCUGGAAGAGUAUCCAGGCCGUAGUGCGGAAAGAUGAUUUCAUUGCCAACAUCGUCAACUAUGACAAUGAACAGCACAUGACACCUGCUUUGCGGCAAAAGAUGCGCCACGACUAUCUGUCCAACGACGACUUCACAUUCGAGAAAGUCAAUCGUGCGAGUAAAGCGUGUGGUCCACUUGUGCAGUGGGUCGAGGCUCAAGUCAACUAUUCUGAGAUCCUAGACCGCGUUGGUCCACUACGUGCCGAAGUCGAGCAACUCGAGGACGAAGCUCUUCAAACCAAGGCCGAAGCCAAAGCCAUUGAAAAUACAAUCAUCAAGCUUGAAGAGAGCAUUGCGACUUACAAGACCGAAUACGCGGCUCUCAUUAGCGAGACUCAGGCAAUCAAAAGCGAGAUGGCUCGAGUACAAACCAAAGUCGAACGCAGCCUUCGGCUUCUGGACAGCCUUUCGUCUGAACGUGUGAGAUGGGAAGCUGCCAGCAAGUCGUUCGAGAUUCAGAUCCAGACCCUGGUGGGAGACGUGGUCAUCGCCUCGGCGUUCCUGGCAUACGCUGGGCUCUACGAUCAACAAUUCCGAAAAACUAUGGUGGACGAUUGGCUGCAUCAUAUGUCUCAAUCUGGUAUUUCGUGCAAGACCGACGGGUCGGUGCUUGGGUAUCUGUCCUCAGCAGAUGAACGCCUCCAAUGGCAGCGACAUUCCCUUCCGGCUGAUGACCUGUGCAUGGAAAACGCGAUCAUGCUGAAACGCUUCAAUCGAUAUCCCUUGAUCAUCGAUCCGCCUGGACGCGUGACGGAGUUUUUGAGGCAGGAACAUCAAGGACGAAAGUUAACCGUCACCAGUUUCCUUGACGAUGCCUUUACCAAGCAGCUCGAGAGUGCCUUGCGUUUCGGUAACCCAAUUCUAAUUCAGGAUGCGGAGUAUUUGGAUCCCAUCCUGACGCAUGUUUUGAAUAAGGAAUACCAGAAAACCGGUGGACGCGUCCUUAUCCAGCUGGGCAAGCAAGAGAUCGACUUUUCCGAACACUUCCAGUUGUAUCUCUCUACCCGGGAUCCGUCGGCUGCAUUUGCGCCCGACGUCUGCAGCAGGACCACUUUCAUCAAUUUCACUGUCACACGAAGCAGCUUGCAGACGCAGUCGUUGAACGAAGUUCUCAAAGCCGAGCGGCCAGACGUUGACAAACGUCGUACCAACCUGGUCAAGAUGCAAGGAGAAUUCGACACAAACCUCCGACAAUUGGAGAAGAGCCUCUUGCAAGCUCUCAAUGAAUCUCGCGGGAACAUUCUCGACGACGACAAUGUCAUCCAUACCCUCGAGACGCUGAAGAAAGAGGCAGCUGUCAUCACCAAGAAGGUUGCUGAAACAGAAGGCGUCAUGGCAGAAGUGGAACGCAUCACUCAAAGCUACAGCCGCAUUGCAAAUGCAUGCAGUGCCAUCUUUGCUCUCCUUGAACAGCUUCACCACCUGAACCACAGUUACCGAUUUUCGCUCCAGUACUUUAUCGACAUAUUCGACUCGGUCCUCCAUCAUAACCCCCAUCUGGCCGGCCAGACAGACCACAAUGUACGUGGCGAGAUCAUCCUCAAGGACAUCUUCGUGGAGACGUAUCGACGAACUUCGCUGUCGAUGCUACAGAAGGACCGGAUCACCCUUGCUUUGCUACUUGUCCGCGCCACACCGUAUGAGUUCGAUCGCUUUGCCAUGGACCUCGUUUUCGAUGAUCGGCCACACUCGCAGGGCGGUGUUCCUGCGGACGCUAGCAAGGAAGACAUCCUGGCUGCCGUAAAGCGAAUUCCAAUAUUCGAUGAGAACAAGUUGAAUGCCGAGAGUGAGGGCUGGAGCCAAUUCUUGGCUGCCGACCGAGCGGAGCAAUAUGUGCCGGAGGUCUGGAACCACACCGACAAUGUCAUCGACCAGAGUCUGUACAAGCUACUACUUGUCAAACUCGCCAGACCAGACAGAUUCUUGCCUGCAGCCGAAAGUCUGGUCGCCAGUGUUUUUGGACCGGAGGUCUUCCAAGCCUCGGAUGACUUGGGAACAAUUGUCAAGCAAGUCACUGCUUCUGUUCCGAUCGCUCUUUGCUCCAAUCCCGGAUUUGACGCAAGCUACAAAGUGGAUGCUCUGGUAGAGAAGCAGCACGCCACGUGCGCCAACGUCGCGAUGGGAUCGGACGAGAGUGCUGCAAGUGCGGACAAGGCAAUCACGAGUGCUGCGGCGAAUGGAAGCUGGGUAUUGAUCAAGAAUGUUCAUCUGGCACCGCAAUGGCUACAAAGCCUCGAGAAGCGACUUUCGGCGCUGAAGCCUCAUCAAGACUUCAGACUGUUCCUGUCAAUGGAAUCGAGUCCUAAGAUACCUGUCAAUCUGAUUCAAGCUUCGAGAACUCUCGUGUACGAACAGCCGGCUGGCAUGAGAGCCAAUAUGAAGGACACGUUGACAGUACUAUCUGACCGAGGCGCAAGAACCCCUGUCGAACGUGGACGACUGUAUCUUCUGCUUUGCUUCCUACAUGCCGUCCUCCAAGAGCGGCUGAGAUAUGCGCCUUCUCUGGGAUGGAAGGGGCUUUGGGAGUUCAACGACAGCGACUACGAAUGCUGCUCGUUCAUUAUUGACUCGUGGAUCGAUGCUGUUGCCCAAGGUCGAUCAAACAUUGCCCCUGUCAAACUUCCUUGGGAUCUAAUCCGCACGUUGAUCACCGAGAUGUACGGCGGCAAGAUUGACGAUGAGCAAGAUUUCUCGCUGCUUGGCCAAAUGGUGGCCAAAGUGUUUGAUGCUGCUGCUUUUGAAAACGACCAUGAGUUGGUGUCUGAUACUGAAGGGCAUGUACUCAAAGUCCCAUCUGGAACCACCAUGCGUGACUUUUUGAGCUGGGUGGACAGUCUUCCUGAACGUGAACCACCAGCAUAUUUGGGCCUUCCUGCUAACGCCGAAAAACUGUUACUUAUGGGUCAAGGACGCGAGACUAUCAGCAAUCUGGCGCGGAUUACGGAUCUGCUGGAAGAAGGCGAGCAGUCAUUACCAUCGAAUGAAGACCGGGGCCAGGCAAGUCAAGCAUAG